CGGAAGUUGUAAUACACGUCGCCAUCAAGUCCGUCACAGCUUUGAAGAUUCGGCUGUCAGUGCUCCCGUAACCUCGAGGCAUCCGUCUGGUCAUGGGAUCGAAUCAUCGAAGAAAACGGGAAAAUAUAGCGAAAGAGUUGGUGCGUCCUGUCACCGAUCCGCCAACUGCGAGGUCGCGCCAGCACACAAGAGAGCACUGAAAUUUUGAUGCGAGGGUCGAUUGUAUAGUUCCAGGGCUCCCGACGAAACCGAGUUGGCAUCUGGAUGACGCUCGGUCGGAUGCAUCGAUCGAUCAUGAUCGCUGUUUGAGAUUAAGCGGGCCCUGGAUAUUCUGCCUGCUUGUGCUGGAAGGAAUUCUGCUCUUUCUUGGUGAAGAAGGGUGGACUGGAAUUGUGCCGCAGGCCGAGCACCCCAUGCGGCUUUUUUGAACACUGGACUCUGAUUGCGAUACCAAGAAGCCAAGAUGCCAAGCCAAGCCACCACCACAAGUUUGGUCCGAGAUGUGCACUCUGCUCAUGUUCUUAAUGAGGUGGCAUUGCUCAAGUACAUGCACGAGACGAUUCCAGGAUGUGGUAUAUACAGCGAGGUCAGCCUUAAACAGUUUGGACAUGGGCAGUCAAAUCCAACGUAUCUGGUGAAUGCGACGGGUAGUGGUGGUAGGAAGAUGUUUGUCCUUCGUAAGAAGCCUCCGGGCGUUCUCCUCCCAGGAGCUCAUGCCGUCGAUAGGGAGUACAAGAUUUUGGCUGCCCUCGCUAAUACCGAUGUACCAGUGCCCAAGGUUCACUGCCUCUGUAUGGAUCCAUCUGUGAUCGGGACACCGUUUUAUAUCAUGGACCACGUUCAGGGCCGUCUCUUCCUUAACCCCAGCUUACCGGACCUUGAUCCAGACCAGCGGAAAGCGAUCUAUUCAGCUAUGGCGCAAACUCUGGCUGCCAUUCACAAGGUCAAUGUUGAUGCUGUCGGAUUGGGACAAUAUGGUCGAAGGGAGAACUACUGUAAAAGGCAGGUGAUAACGUGGGCUCGUCAGUACCAUGCCUCAACAGCAGAUGGCAAUCCAGCCCGAGAUCCUAAGGUUGAAAAAUUGAUCGAUUGGUUGAAGAACAAUGUACCUGCAGAAGAUGCAGGAGGAAACCGAUCGGGUAUUGUUCACGGAGAUUUUAGAUUGGACAAUCUUAUAUUCCACCCUACAGAGCCGAAGGUCCUUGCUGUUAUUGACUGGGAGCUUUCAACUCUUGGCAACCAGAUGGCUGAUAUCGCUUACAAUUGCCUGACUUACCAGCUCGCUGUAAGCAAAAUCAAGUUUCCUUCUCUGGGUUAUUCCUUCGAUUCUGGGCACUUGCCUGGAAUUCCAUCACUCGAGGAGUACGUCUCUCAAUAUUGUCAAACAACGGGAGUACCCUGGCCAGCUUCCACAUGGAAAUUCUACGUUGCAUUAGCUCUCUUCCGUUCCACUGCGAUUUGGGCAGGAGUGUAUAAGCGCAUGCUACAGGGAAACUCUUCGGCACAAAGGAGUGAAAGUGUUCGAGAGGCUCUCUUGCACUUCACGAACAUUGCCGUAAGCGUUGUAGAUUCCAGUUCUCUCUUACCAGAAAGAGAACCACAAAUAGGCAGAUCGAAUGUGAUAGGGUUUGAGCCCUCAUACCGAGUGCAAAAGCUCCGACAACAAAUUUUGGAAUUCAUGGACAAGUAUGUCUACCCGAACGAGGAGGUGCUCAACAAGUUGGCUCUAUCAGACAGACGGUGGACUGUUCACCCGAAGGAGGAAGAGCUGAAGAAAGUGGCUAAAGCUGCGGGGCUUUGGAAUCUCUGGAUACCGGUUGACAGCGCGGCACUAGCUUCAGAUGUCCUCUUCGAAGACGGUUCGGGGACCCAGAACAGGGAUGAUGCAAAUCGGCUUGUUGGUGCUGGUCUAAGCAACCUCGAUUAUGCGCAUGUGUGCGAAGUACUGGGUCGCUCUGUCUGGGCUCCUCAGCUUCUUAACUGCAGUGCACCUGACACGGGGAACAUGGAGGUGUUAUUACGUUAUGGUAGUCCAGAGCAGCAGAAAGUAUGGCUGAAGCCUUUGUUGGAAGGAGAAAUACGAUCAGGUUUUGCAAUGACAGAACCAGACGUGGCUUCUUCGGACGCAACAAACAUAGAGUGUUUAAUCAAACGUGAAGGUAAUGAAUACGUGAUCAAUGGGCGAAAAUGGUGGACGAGUGGUGCAAUGGAUCCAAGAUGCCGCUUACUCAUUGUGAUGGGUAAAACAAAUGUGAAUGCUGCGUUACACAAACAACAGUCUAUGAUCCUGGUACCGUUACAAGCACCAGGUGUGACUGUCGUUCGACCUUUGACUGUCUAUGGUUUCGAUGACGCACCACAUGGACAUGCGGAAAUUAUAUUUGAAAACGUUCGUGUACCCGUCUCGAAUCUCUUGCUUGGAGAAGGUCGUGGUUUUGAAAUCGCACAGGGAAGGCUAGGACCGGGACGGUUGCAUCAUUGCAUGAGGUUGAUGGGUGCCGCAGAGCGUGGACUCGAAUCCAUGACUAAGCGAGCUUUAACUCGGACAGCAUUCGGCAAAACACUUGCUCAAAACGGAGCUUUCGCAGCCCAGCUAGCUGAGUUACGGAUCGAGGUGGAACAGACUCGAUUACUCGUGUUGCAUGCUGCGAACCAGCUUGAUAUGCAUGGCAAUAAAGUAGCCCGUGGAGCUCUUGCUAUGGCCAAAGUGGCAGCACCUAGGACGGCUUUGAAGGUAUUGGAUGCUGCAAUUCAAGUCCACGGAGGUGCGGGUGUAUGCUCGGACUUCCCUCUUGCUCACCUGUGGGCAACUGCACGAAGUCUACGUAUCGCAGAUGGUCCAGAUGAAGUUCACCUCGGAACUGUUGCCAAACUCGAGCUUUCUCGCGCUCGAGCUCGUAUGUGAGAGAGUCCAUGCUACCGGUGAUCAACUCGCCCGGUUGUCUCAAGAAGGGCAUGUUAGCACAGAAAACCGAUUGAGAUUCUCCUCAAUUGACAGGUCUGAAGAGCCGUGGUAUCGUGUACCUGUGGUAUCAAGUCUGUAUACUUGUAAAAAUUAGAUCAACAUGAGCAGCUCAGGUUGUCAACUCUCCAUAACGGGAAUCUCUCGGAUUAGAAGAUGUAUCUAGGAAAGCUCAGCUACACAUUGACCAAAGCUCCAGUUCAUUCAGCGGACUUGUUGGAGAGGUACUAAGUCAGUUCGUCAACUCAAAAUGUGCUCCUCGCAUCGCCCCUUGCGAUGACCUGCAUGCUGUUAGACUGAAAGUCAAAUCAUGUAUCGUACUCAGAAAAUUCAAUCUGUAGAAUGUAAGAUUUGACAGGGUUUCUUCUGUAAUCAAGUGUCGUG